AUGCUUAUCGAUGGUGAGAAGUGGGCCUGUGAAGCUUGCGUCCGGGGUCACCGGGUCAGCAGCUGCCACCACAGCGAUCGCCCUUUGACCCAUAUCAACAAAAAAGGCCGCCCGGUGUCUCAGUGCACACACUGCCGCGGCCUACGCAAGUCUCGAACGACCCACGUCAAGUGCGAGUGUGGCGACAAGAAGAAGAAAAAUGACUCGUCUGAUUCCCCUGGCGACAAACGAGAUCCCAAGCAGGACUCCGUUCACCGUUGUGGCUGUAUCCAUGGCCAGCGCUGCUCUUGUGCGCUGAAAAAGGAAACGAAAUUGGAGACUGUGCCCGAGUCAGGGCUGCCUCCAGCACAGCCGCCAGCCCCCACUGAAGCUCCUCGGAAACCUCAUCUCACGUCCACCAAGUCCGAGUCGACGUUGACCAUUUUCCGCGAUGGUCACCAUAAGCCUGCCCACAAGCACAAUGACAUGGCCCAUAAGUGUGGAUUGCCGUACACAAUCCCACGAUCCCACACCAUCCACCACACCACAGACGCACCUCGUCGGUCUGUCGAACACCCUCCCUUGACCCAGUCCGCCUUCAUUCGCGAACCCCUGAGUCUCUCGAUGGAUCUCGUCUCCUUGUCUCGUCAGACGUCUCAACAAAGUUCGCCGAGUAGUGCUCUCUCUGCGAGUGCCGACGAGGUCGCGACGGCGCCCCCUCUGGAACAAGCCUUUAUGGAUACUUUUGCUACUCCCGCGGUUCCGACUUCUGGGCCCCUGGAAUCGUCCCUUGACGGUCCUGCUGGCAAUUCGGUGCCCGUCUCCUCUUCAAAUAUGGACGGUUUUGCUAUGGACCAAACCAUCACCUCUGUACCUUCUGGCCUCGGCAUGUCGACCUACGCCAACUAUGUGCCUACGUCGAACAAUUCGCCGAUCGCCUGCAUGGCGUUCCAAGACCCGUACCAUGACCCGUAUUUCUCCGCUCCCGAUUCGGAUCUGUCCCUAGGACAAACCGGGACUGGUGCGCCCUCGGUUGACUGGUCAAGCUUUCCACUCUAUUCGGACAUGGCCGCAGCCUCGAGUACGCAGACCCCGUCGUAUGCCAGUUUCGACUAUCCCUGUCCAUCGGGAUUGCCUCCACCGUCGUCCUCGGGUGAUAUCUCCGAGGUGGACGAAUUCGGCCCGUUGCCUGCUCUAGGACACGCCAGCAAUGACAUGCACGACCGGCAUAGCAUCAGUGAAGCCUCUGAUAUGGAUCAUCUCCGUCUGAGCUCUGCUUCCUCGUUGGUUGGCCUGCCCCAGGCCCAGCUUCUCUCGUCCAAUGACCUGGGCUCCAUCAACAUUGACGAUUUCCUCAAGUCCGCUAAUGACUCCACCGCGGCCCUCGAGCACCAAUUGCAAGCCAAUAUGGGCAUUGACUCAAAACCCGCUCCGGUGCAGGACCUGUACUCUUUUUCGCAGAUGACGGAACCACUCCCCAUCUGGCCUGUGGGCCUCUUUGACACGACAGCUUCCCAAACUCCCCUCGAUGAUGAUUACUUCCGUCAGACGUGGGCGCAGUAG